GGUGACCAUAGGGGGAGUGCGUGGACCUUGAGGCUUCGGAGUAUAUACCAGCGUAGUGCGGAGUCUUCCUUCAGACAGCUCCCUUCUCCUGGGUGGGUCGUGUACCUGUAGCAAGAUGAACGCUCUCCGAGUUGUGUACGUGGUGGUUGCUGUGGCUGUGUGUGGUACUGAAGCCGGCACCCUGGGCUCUCACGGCACUCUCUCCCACAACCUUCACAGCAAUGUUGGUGCCCAUAAAGUCCCCGUAGCUGCCGUAUCUGUCUCUCACCACGUACCUGCUGCAACUAUCUCUCACAGUAAGACUGUCUUCAGCGCCCCAGUGGCUCCCAUCAAAUCUCAAUACCACACCCAAGACAAAAACGGUCAGUAUUCCUUCGGCUACAACGCUGGCGAUUCAUCCCGCGACGAAAGCCGCGACGCCUAUGGCAAUGUGCGUGGCUCCUUUAGCUACAUCGACUCGUAUGGCAAAGUUCAGAAGCAAGACUACAUCGCCGACGCCUACGGCUUCCGGGUAGCUGGCACCAACCUGCCUGUCCACAUCACCGACGUGCCUCCUUACCGCCAUAAGCGUUCCUAUGCCACUUUCCCAGCCUCUACUGGACCCCUGGGCAGCUUAUCCCAUGCGGGUCCCUUGGUUCACACGUCUCCUGUUCAGGGCUACUCUGGUGUGCAUGGUAACGGGGGACCCGGAGGCUUUUCAUAUAGUUUCCGCAGCGUCCCCUCAGUUAUCCCUUACAACAGCUAUGAGGUGCCGACUCAUGGGGGUUAUCAUUAAGCUACCAUAUUAAAAACUGAACAGUGCCACUAUUGAGGUAUAAUCUGCCGAACCCUUCACUCUGAUUUGACAGCUUCUCCAGUUGAUCGCAGAUGAAUUGCAUUGAACGUUUUGUGUUGGUUAUAUAAAGUAUAUUAAAUAAAAACAAUUACUGCAUGAAUAAACCCACAAAAACCGUGAUGAAGGCUCGAACGUACGCACGGGAGAAGCUUCGGGAUCCUAGUGAGGGCAGUACUACUACAGGGUGCAACUUUUUUACCAUGUCGUGGCACAGUUACCAUGUCAGUAGGGCCUCGUAGCCUGGUGGAUAGCGCGCAGGACUCGUAAUUCUGUGGCGCGGGUUCGA